CCUCAGUAUCCGCCUGACUUCAGUAAGCACACUGCCUCCACACCGUCUGCUUUGGGUUACACAGUCACCAUCACAGAGGAACAUAAUACAGGACAUCUAUAGAGGAGCGGACAGCCCCGACAACAGUAGAGCAGCAUGGGGAGCAGCAUGUCAUGUGUUCCCCAACAAAACUUCAGGUUCUCCAGCAAGAGUUUCAUACGCAGGAACAGCAGCCGCUUGUUCCGUAAGAGGUAUCCCCAGGAAGGACAGGAGAAGUCCAACAGCAUCAUCAAUAUUCUCUGCACUGUCACUCCGAGGAAGGAGAUGACCCAUAAGGAUCUGCAGAAGAUCGAGAACAUUAAGUGGGAACCUCCGUUUCCUUACGACCCAGCCAGUGGCUGGAAGAAAAGCAGCAUCAAUGUCAAAAAUUAUGGCAGGAUGGUCCACAGCUCUAAAGUCCGCUUCCGCUUUCUCCACUGCCAGGAUGUGCAUGACUGCUACCUGGACCUCUUCCAGACACACCUUCAUUUUGUCUCCAACAACACCACUGGACUCACCUACCAGGGGACUCUUCCUCUGAAAGAGCUCACCAUCUGCAACCUGCAGCAGAACUGUAACCACAGCCAACUCCAGGAAUUUGCCUUCCAGAUCAACGGUGUCAGCCUGAACCCCAUCAUUGUCUAUUGCUCCAACCAGGAGGAGAUGGACAUGUGGUUCGGCCUGCUCAAAGAACACAUCGAGAUCAACGGGGGCACCCCCAUCGCACCUAUCGAGACCUACACCAGGGUUAAGAAUGUAAAGGAGAACAUGGACGGGAGAGAGGAGCUGAGGAACUCAAUCAGUAAAGACCCCAUCUAUGAGUGGGAGGGUUCUCAGCGUGAAAGUCUGGGGCCCAUCACUUUCGUGACCAAAGUCAGUCUGCAGCACCUCCCCUGCCAGGAGCAGAGUGACAGACUACUGGUGAUGUACCCAGCCACUCUAAUCAUCCUAUCAGAAGAGAGCCACGGACUUUUCUACAAGGGGAAACUUCCACUUAACAUGAUCACUGUGACCACACCCUGCCAGGACGUCAAGCCCAACACCUUCAUGAUUGAAGGCAAGAUGAUAAACCCUAUUGUGGUGUCCUGUUUGGAUAAGAGGGAGUUCUAUGACUGGAUCCAGCACUUCAAAGCCUUCGAUGUCCCUGUGGUCAGCCCCCCACCCCCCGUUUAUGACAUCAUCUACACCCCCACAGCGAAAGAGGCUCCAGAGGUUGAUAGGUGGAGUUGGAACAGCCGGAGCCAGAGCCGGAGUGAGUCUCUGAGGCUGGGGCAGUCUGCUGGGAGUGAGUCUCUGAGGCUGGGGCAGUCUGCUGGGAGUGAGUCUCUGAGGCUGAGGCAGUCUGCUGGGAGUGAGUCUCUGAGGCUGAGGCAGUCUGCUGGGAGUGAGUCUCUGAGGUUGGGGCAGUCCGUUGGGAGUGAUUCUCUGAGGAUGGGUCAGUCCCACAGUGGACGGGGGUCUGGUUCCGGGUCCCAGCACCUCCAGUUCCCGCCUAGACACGCGGACAACCCUCUGUCCCCAGGCUACACAGAACCCCUAUGUUACAUCUCCAGUCGGCCCUGCUCUACUGAGACAGCUCGGCUGGGCAGCCGCAGUAACAGUGUUUCGUCCCACGCCGCCAGGUCCGAGCGUGACCCCCGACCUUUGUCACAGCGCUGCUCCUACCUCCCCCAUGAGGGGCCGGUGGUGCUGUCCCCGGUGUACAACACCCCCUACUCAGGCCUGCACCGUGACCGCGCCAGCACCCCGCAAUGCCUGGAGAAAGCCACCCUCGUCAAGUCCAACAGCUGGAGCACCUCUCAGACGUCCCCGAAGUACGCAUCGCUCUCCACCCCCCAGCGCCACUCAGACAUGUGUGCCGCCCGGCAGCCCCUGUCGCCCCUGUACGAUGAGCCCUGCACCCCUGACACCUACGCCCAGGAGGAGAGCUGGCCCAGGCAGCAGCCAACGCAACAAAGUUGGCGAGGACCACCACAGAAGCAGCAGGACCCUCAUCUCCUACCCUCCUCCUUCCAGCUGUGCACCCCUCCCCUGGGCAAGCGUUGCAGGAGGAGCCUGGUGCUCUGCCAAGGCCAGGGGCUGGAGAUGGAGGGCCCUCAGGGGCCAGCAGACCAGAGAACUGAAGCUAUCCCCAGAGUAAGGCUGCUGCCUGCACCCAAAGCAGUGCAAGAGGAGAGGCUCUUCCCAUCGAUGGCUGCUAUGAACACCCCCCAGAUGCCGUAUGGUUACUCACCAGAUCACAACUCAUACCUUGAACCAUCCGAGCCAGAUGACCAGGAAAUGGACUAUGACAACAUUUGGGAGUACGACUGCAAUACCGAGAGAAUUCAACCCAUGUCUGGAAUUUCGCCACACCGGACGGGAUUAGACAUUGGGGCCAGAGGCCUUGGUGCCAUGGCAAACAACCAGCAGAGAUGGUUCUAAAAACAAUGGGCCGGCACUCGUCUGGACGUGCGCAAACAACAGAUCCCUAUCAGAGAGCCAUUCAGUGACCCAAGCUCACUACUGCAUAUUAUGGUUGUGCCCCAAAUGGCACCCUAUUUCUGAUAUAGUGUGCUCUGUUUCAAGGUAGCCCACUAUUUAGGGAAUAGGGUGUGAAUAAUGUAUUUGCUAGAUAGUCAAAAGAAUGCUUUAAGUGGCCAUGAGAUAAGAGGAACUUCUUAGUAUUAAUGCUGCACUACUGUGUACUGUAUGUAAAUGCAGAUAAACAUGAUUCAGCAAAAACACUUUCCCACACAACAGCAUAAAAAGGUAGGAAACUGAGCCUACCUCUGUUAACGUAGCAUUGAUGAAAGUGCAAAAUGUGCAUAGUUUCUAUCCCUGAGUGCUUGAACAUGUUUUUUGUUGUUGUUUUUUUUACCACUGUCAUUACACUGCAUUUGGCUUCAUUUGAAUUUGGAGUUUUUUUUGUAUUAUUUAUGGGCAUUUUCUUUAACGUCGUCCUGUUUCGAUGGUUUUAUGUUGUGUAAACGUUUUGAUUCAUAUGUUAUAUCAUUAUUAUAAUCUUUGCAUCAUAGACAACGUGUCUUUGGUUGUACGCUGUAAAAAGCAUUCCAGCAAGCUUAAUAAUAGCAACACAUCAGUAUAAUUUAUUUAAUGUUCUGAAAUAACAAGGCAAACAUUGAUGGCUUGAAUGGACUUUUCUCCAUUGUGUUACUGCUGCAAAAUGUUGCUUGUCUUUGUGGCUUUUUUCUCAUACUUUUAGGUGUUUAUUUAAGUUUUUAAUAUAAACUAGUAUUGAUAUUAUUUGCA